UAUAAAUAUCAAAAGACACCUGAUCUACUAUUAUCGAACGGGUUUAUCUACGUAGUAUAAAUAAGAUUUCGAAAUUCAGUAUGUGUACAGCAUUUGUUUUAAUAUAUUAACCAUUACGUGGUAUAAUUAUGGAAUUAAGUGUGGUAAGAAAUCCUGACCUUGUUGUUGCUAUAGACGUUGGCAGUACGUACUCGGGCUAUGCCUGGCAAUGGCGGUCUAGUUUCAAGGCCAACAAAGCCAGCGUUGAGUUCAACAAUAUUUGGGGACAGGGUGCUCCUCCGUUGCAUAAGACGAAUACUGCCUUGCUGUUGAAAAGGACUACUGAAAGCACUGAAGAAACUUCUGCUGAGAACCCUGCUGAAAAAAAGACGGAAAUAGUAGCGUUCGGUUAUUCCGCGGAGCGAAGGUGGGCGAACAUUUGCGGCGAUCCGGAUCUAAAGAAGGAUAGAGACUCGUAUUAUCUUUACAAGAAAUUUAAACUACAGUUAUAUCAAUUGGAGCAGAAUGAGAAUGAAAGAACUGAAAUCGAAGACGCAGAUGGUCGGAGAGAUCCACUUGAGGAAAUUAUGACGCUCUUCAUUCAAGCCUUACGAGAAGAUUUUCUCAAACGGUUGAGAAAGAGAGAAAUAACUUUAGAAGAUGAGCAGAUUCUAUGGGUCGUCACUGUGCCUGCUAUUUGGUCAGAAAAGGCCAAGAAAUUCAUGAGAGAUGCUGCCGAAAAGAGCGGCAUAGGAAAGAGGAAUCUCGUACUUGCAUCUGAGCCCGAGGCCGCUGCAAUUUAUUGCCUUAACCUUUCCUCGGAGCAGAAAUCUGCCAUGCACGAUGCAUUUAUGCCGGGCCGCCGAUUCCUUACAGUUGACCUCGGAGGCAGAACGGCUGACAUAUCGGCUAUUGAAGUUCUAGGUGAUGGCUCGUUAAAAGAACUGUGUAAUGUGCAGGGACAAUUAAUUGGUGGACAAAAUGUCAAUGAAGCCUUCCUACAGUCGUGUAUUGAAAAUUUUGAAGGGGAUGUCUGGAAAAAAUGCUUUAUGGAUGCAAACCCUCAGGAGUUACUCAAGAUGGAGCAUGAAUUUGAACAAAUGAAAGUUGCCAUUGGCAACGAAAGUCCAGUUGAUGAAUUAAUUACUGUCUCAUUACCGAAUACGGUGCGGGAGGGUAUUACAACCAAAUCCAUUAAACUAAGCCCAAAGCAAGAUAAAGGAUUCGAAGCUAAAUAUAAUAAGCUUCAGUUCCGGUCACAAUAUAUCAGAGACUCAUUAUUCCAGCAAACAUGUCACCUCGUCUUCGAUACAGUAGACCGCGUACUGCAGCAAAAGGAAUCCUCUGGCAUACAAGCCGUCGUCUUGGUAGGUGGAUUCGCCGAAUCCUCGAUCGUUCAAGAAAAUGUUAGACACAUGAUACAAGAAAAGUACAGCAAUGUGAAGGUUGUUGCACCGCCCACACCUUUCAAAGCGGUUCUGAUGGGCGCGGUUAUGUAUGGGCACGACAUGUUUAUUUACAAGAGUCGAAUAAGUAGAGCAACUUACGGAGUUGGUUGCAACUCGAUUGUUGACGAAAGAAAGCACGACCAAUCAAUGAAAUUGUACAAUAAGGAAGAUGGACAAUACCGUUGUAAAGAUGGAGAUUCAAUGUUCCUCGAGGACAAAUCACCGAUUAGCAGAACUGUUCCUAUAUUCAAAAGUACAAAGUCUGUGCCAGAAUAUGAAACAUCGAGUCAGUACAAUGUUUCCAAGUCGUUAGAAGUGUCCAGUGAAAAUGGGGAAGAAGCAUCUUCAAGACACAUAGACAAGUGUGGAAACAACGGUAGCUCCAAUCUUUCCUCAACAGAAUGUCAGUGCUCGGUGGAGCUCAUAAACCUGCAGAAGGACCUAUUAGUUGAGAGCAGGACACGCAAUGAGUUGCUCAGAGAAAUAAGCGGGUCUUUGAAAUCACUAGCCUCCCAACGAGAUCAAGAUAUAUUAAAUAAAAUAUUACAUUAAUACUUUUAAGGUAAGUCAUCCAUCAUAACGACUUAAAAAUGUGUAUGUGCAUGUGUAUAUAAGAUAUUUACACCAAUAUCAUUUCUAUAUUUAAUUUAUACUAAUUAUCAAUUAUAGGAUCUUAGUAUAGAUUACAUUUUUGAAUAUAUCCAUUAUGACGCUUUCAUUAUCAUAAGAUAUGUUAACGGCAGAUAACAAUACACAAGUUAACAGCAAUUUAAUUAGUUGUGUACAUUUAAAUUGAAACUUUAACAGUAGCAAUGUUUUACUAACGACGGAUGGCUCACAUAAACAAACUAGUGUUUUUGUAUUUAGGUUGAUGCAAAAAAAAACGUUUAUACAUUGUUCAAAAAAUCCAAAAAAUAUUUGCCUUUCAUCAGUGGGUGCUUUGAAUUGCCACAUACCAACCAUUUCAUUUAAGUCAAAUGAAUUUAACACGAUAAUGCGGUAAAAUUAAUAACAUUUUAUUUGCAUCAACCAAUAUUGUACUGCUUUAGUGACUUUAGAAGUGUCCAAAGUUUAUUAGACUACAACAGCUGAAAAAGAAUUACAAACUUCAGUAAGAAAUAUACUCCUAUUUAAACAAGAGCUGAAACAAACAUGUACACUGAUUAUGUUACGAAAGUGUAAUGAAACUUUACCAGUAGCAAUGUUUUGUAUUACUGAUGGAUGGCGUAGCUUUAGUGUUAGUUCAUACAUGUAUAUGUAUUUAGUUCACAGAUUUAAUCUUAUCAGGUAUGAUGCAUAAUUAUUAACGUUGUCAUUGCCCGCCCUUCAAUGAUACAAGAGCUUUCAUGUAAAGGAAAAAAACAACAUUUAUUUUCACUGUGGUGGAAUAAGGAAAGUGAUAUUUGCACUGCUUUUAUUUUUUACCAGUUUUUAACACACACAUUGCAUUAAUAUUUCAAUUCAGAUGUAAUAAUGGAAACCAAGUGUCCAAUCAAUUUACCCAAUUACCUGGUUAUUGACCUGAGAUACCUCAUAUCAACAAGAGCAAAUAUUCCAAAUAAGUUUAAUGAAAAAUUGCAUUUUUUGGCACAUAUGUCAUUUGCAAUUGUUUCCAAAGAUUUUGCUAGUGUCACAUAUGCAUAUAUAUGUUUUGUGUUUUUUUCUUUAUAUUUGAUGAUUAAACUGUAGUUUAAUUAACUUUAUAUAGUUUUAUUUUUAUUUUAUAUCAUUUAAUUAGUUCAGUUUGUUACAUAAGUGUGUGCAUUUCUAGCUUAGUAAAUUUUUUUAUGUAUAUUGAGCUUUAAAGAACUAACUUUUCAUUUAAUAGGAAUUAAUUAAAAUUAUAGAUAACCAUUUCGAUUAUUCUUUUUUCAUCAUGUCAUAUGCUUACAAUAAUUGAGUUAAGUCAGAUUUAUUAAAUAUUUUUGCAUUCAUGUUUUCAUCACAUUUACUCUUUAACUAUGUAUGUGAUAGCCAACAGAGGAAUUGUUAUUUUUUAUAAUGUCUGAGACAUGUCGAUUUUUUUUAAAUGUGUAAUUACUGUGAUUUUAGUGUUUAUACUGUAAAUAAAUGAUUACUUAUGUAUCUUUGUUCUUGAUAGUGUGUCCUGCCAGACACAGAAUAAAGUAGACAACAGCAUUAGAAUUU